AUGUCCGCGAAUGGCGAAACCGUGCCCCAGGGCACUAACGAAGUAACCGAUGUUGGUAAAGGGAAGGGCAAGGCGACCGAGCCGGCGGAAAUUACCAUGGAGGAUGAUGACGAAGACGAAGAGUCUGCAGAGGAAGAAGAGCAAGCCGAACCUGAAGAAGAUGACGAGAUGGAUGAGAUCGAUCUAGACAACAUUGUCGAAGGGCGCACCCGUCGCAAGCAGAUCAACUGGGCCGAGGCUGCUGAGAAGUCGAAGGAUGCAGGCGACGACUUGGAUGACGACGAAGAUGACGAAGACGAGGACUUUGAGGCACCUGACGAUGAGGACGAGGAGAUGAAAGGUUGA